CAUGUACGCGGAUUCAACAUGGCGACCUACAUGAGACUGUUUUGCCUCGAACACUUUCCAGCGCAUUUACACCCGUUACGCGUAGCUGUCAGUAAGUUACAGUUCACUAGAGUCUUUCCGAGCUGCAGUGAACUCAGCUGUGCGUUGAUGUUAACUGUUCGUGAAACUCAGCCGUCCAGGAAAUCGGGCUUUUUAGUUUGCGCCCAUGUAACAGCGGAAGAACAGAUUGACGGCAGUGCGCUGAGUGCCUGCAGUAACGACAGCGCUCUUGGGGUUUAUGUGAGCAAAACGUUUCUCUUACACUACGAACUUCAAGAAAAUAUGAGAGGAACUGUCCGUCCACUGCAGCUUUUGCCUCUUAACAGGAUUGUUAUUGGCGCUCGAACAAAGCAAAGUUUUAAAUGGGCAUCAUCAGAGAAGUUCUCCAGCGUUCUGCUCGUAUUGGCAUCGUGUCAUAAGCAGACGUUGAUGGCACGGCAAGGCGAUGUGUUGGUUUUGCCAUACCACCCUUUUCUUGGCGAUGAUACCACACAGAUAAAUCAGUACAUGUCAGAUCUGGUUGUGUUGGAGUGUACGCCAGUCACUCAGGGAAUGAUUACCAUCCACACUAGCGUUGUGGUCUCUGAUUGCAGGGAUCUUCUGCUUAGUCAUGCCAUGCUGGACCUCUUUGUCAACCCUCUGAGCAGACCUUCAAAUUUAUCCCUGUUUGCUUCUGACUUUGCCCACUAUGCAAACAGUCUUGGUCCAGGGAGCUCCUUGUUGAACAAUAAACUGUUGAUCUCCUCUGGCUUCACAGGUUUUCUUCAGGCUCUUGAGUGUAGGCUAGAUGUGAAGGUUGUUGAUGUUGUCAGGCUCUACAGGCAGGGUAAACUGAGCCUGAGGGUAGAGCAGGGUGCUGAGGUGGACACGGACAGCAUGAUUUUUGUGAGCAAGAACUUGUUACUGAAGCUGGGGUUGUUCAAUGGGGAAUGGGUUGUGUCUGCACUGUGCCCUCCUUUGGGGAAGGGAAAAAAGUCUUCGAGGACAGAACUAGUGCAAAGUCCUGGAGGAGCAGAAAAUGAAAGCAUCUCAAAGUUUACAGCCAAGGCCAGAGGGGAUGUCCACCUUGCUAAAAUCAUGGCAUUUAAUUGGGACAGGUUUACAGACAUGGAUGCUGGUGAUAAUGUGGGUUUCAUCUCACCUGUUCAGUGGUUCAACAUGUCAAAUGGAGAGCCAAUACCAGUUGGGAAUAAGGCUGUCAAAAUAAAGAGAUGGAACCAGGCACCAUCAGAGACGAGGUUGAAACUAUCAGCAAGUGCAUGCUGCUCUGCUGCGCCUUCAUAUGCCAAAGAGCUUCACAUUGAAGCUGUCAUAUCUCCAGAUUAUAACUCUUAUGGACCCUUUGACGAUAUUCUCUUUAAGCACUUCACUACACCAAGGCUCGUCCAGCAGGGAUUGAUGCUGGGUAUCCCAGUCCAAGGAUGUCCUGAAUUUGUGGAGAGCAGCACUGAUGGAGUCACAAGGUGGCCAGUCUUAUAUUUUAAAGUGAAGCAGGUAACAGGCUUUUCUGAAGAGGAAGGAGAGGUGGCAUGUUAUCUUGCAGAUACAGACCACACCUCUUUGUAUAUGAGAGGCUCUACCAAUAGCCUAGCACCGUGUUCCAUUUUGGAGGUGGGUCCAUCAUUCUGGACAUGUCUGUCCCCUCCAGCUCUCUCAAGCACUGUUGAGCAACUUGUCACGAUCAUACAGCCUCACCUGACUGAAAGGUGUGCUUUUUGGAAGCGAGGCUGCUCUGUUCUUCUCGUGGGUCCAAAUGGAAGUGGUAAGGUCACAGCGAUCAAGGCAGCAUGUAGGAGGCUACAUCUGCAUCUGCUGAAGGUGGACUGUGUGACCCUAUGUGGAGACACUGCAGCUGCAUGUGAGUCUAAGAUGAAGGCAGUCUUCCACAAAGCUGAGCUCCAUCACCCUUGUGUGCUGUUGCUAAGGAACCUGCAAUUACUUAGCCAGCGGCGAGAUGGCACCGAAAUGGACUCUAGGGUAGUCUCUGCUCUUUGCCAACUCAUUGCUGACAGCCACUCAAGAGUAAUCGUGGUUGGCACUGUGAGUGACCAGCGGGAUGUGUUUGCAGAUGUGAUGGCAGCCUUUGUGCACCAGGUGGCAAUGGAAAGUCACUCAGAGGAGCAGAGAAAAGCCAUUCUUACCAGCCUAACUGAAGACAUCACCCUAGCAAAAGAUGCCAGUCUUGCCAAGAUUGCUAAGCAGACUGCGGGCUUUGUAUUGGGGGAUUUCUGUGCACUCCUCACCAGUGCUGGAAAAGCAGCUCACCAGCGGCUGAUGACAACUUACUAUCCACAUGGAGCCAGUGCUCAGGAGGAAGAGGACCUGUGUGUGUGUGGUGUGACUAUCAUGGCUGCUGACUUUACCAAAGCUCUGGAGUCCUUACAGGAGGCCCACUCCCAGGCCAUUGGAGCACCUAAGAUCCCAUCUGUGAGGUGGCAAGAUGUAGGGGGUCUGCAGCAUGUGAAGAAAGAAAUCUUGGAUACCAUCCAACUCCCUCUGGAGCAUCCAGAGCUGCUCUCGCUUGACCUGCGACGCUCUGGUCUCCUGCUCUAUGGGCCACCAGGCACCGGCAAGACCCUGCUUGCUAAAGCUGUGGCUACUGAAUGCUCUAUGACUUUCCUCAGUGUCAAAGGGCCAGAGGUCAUAAACAUGUAUGUGGGCCAGAGUGAGGAGAACAUCAGAGAAGUGUUUAGCAAAGCUAGGGCUGCAGCUCCUUGUAUUGUCUUCUUUGAUGAGCUGGACUCUUUGGCUCCUAACCGAGGUCGCAGUGGAGACUCAGGAGGAGUGAUGGACAGGGUUGUGUCUCAGCUCUUGGCUGAGCUUGAUGGUCUGCAUUCUUCCAGUGAUGUCUUUGUGAUUGGUGCAACAAACCGUCCAGAUUUACUUGACCAUUCGUUGCUUAGGCCUGGCAGAUUUGACAAACUAGUCUAUGUUGGGAUCAACGAAGACAGGGAAUCGCAACUGCAGGUUCUCAAGGCCAUAGUACGAAAGUUUAAGGUGGAUCCCACUGUCAACCUCUCAGACAUAGUGGAGCAGUGUCCUCCUCAACUCACAGGAGCUGAUGUGUAUGCACUAUGUUCAGAUGCCAUGAUGUUUGCUAUUAAGAGGAAGAUUUUGCGCAUCAGUGAAGGUCUCGAGUCAGAGGAUAGUGUGCUCACACUGUGUGCCGAGGACUUUAGCCAGGCCCUUGAUGUCCUGCAGCCAUCUGUGUCUGAGCAGGAGCUGCACAAGUACAAACUUAUCCAGCAGAAAUUCACCACAAAGUAACAAUACCCCUAGCACCAAUGGGUGGAGUUGGCCGUUGCUGCAUGUACCACCUCAUUCUGUGCAUUGCUGGGAUGCGCUGUCCUUACAUGUAACUUACUGUAACUUACAUGUAGUGUUAUUACUGGAAUAAUUGAUAACUGGAACUAAUCACUGUGUUGAUCUGAGAAUUGUUAAAUUAUCAUAAACUUUAGCUAAUCUUGGAAAUGCCCUUUAAAAUUCAACAUUCAGUGAAUGAUUGUGCUGAUAAGCUCUACUUCUUUGUUACUAUAACACUAUGCAAGCAACAGAGAGGCUCCCAAACGUAGGAAAGGUAGUGGAUGUAAUUACUGGUUGGUCUCCAGUGCCCACACUAAUCUGUAUGAUAAAUAACAGUGAAAGGCUUUCCUUGUGGAAUUUUUAACUGGAUAAUGCUUGAGUGCUUGAAUGGAAGCCAUUCAUUAGUCUCCUGUAGUCUGUAUUCAUUAGUCACCUGUAGUCUGUAGUACUUGUAUACCAAGGUUUUUUUCACCUUCCUCUUGGAAAACUGAAAGUAAGGAGGAAAGUCCUCUCUGUAAAAACAUGUGCUCACAGGUAGUUGAUGAAGUGUAAACAGAUUUACCUAUUACAAGUUUUGAGAUGAGAGCAAGUCAUCCACAAUGCUCAUUUUUGCACCAUAACUCAAGAGAUUUUGAUUUUUUUUUUAAUUUAUUUAAUAGGCACACUUAAAUGGAUAUUUGGUCACACUUUAUAUUAAGUGGUAAUGUUCUGUAAUUCAUUGGAAAAUUAAUUUGCUAUGCAAAUGGUUUGUAUAUGUGUUGGCAUAUGUUAAGCGAAAUGGUCUACAAUUUACUAAUUGUUUCUCUUUGUUGUAUAUAAAAAAGCUUCUUUGAAAGCAAAAUAAAGAAUAUGAAGAGAAAACAAUUAAAAACAAUGUUCAUUUCACUUUUCAGAUUAAGUAAAGCUUUACUUCUUGGUCCGUUCUUUUGUUAUAACAUACUUAUUACAAAGGACAAAUAGGACAGCUUAAUAUAAAGUGUUACCUUGUUUAUUUAAUGAAAAAGUAAGUAUGUAAAACCUAUAGAGAUGAAAAAAGUAAACGUAUCAGAUUCCUGCAACAAAUCUAUAUGUCAUGGUGACAUAAGAGCUAGGAAGAAAAAUAAAAGACAGUAUAAACACAAAGGACAGAAUUUCAAAUAAGAAAAUAGUUUUGAUUUCAUAUGUAAACUUCCAAACUGUGCAAGCUUAUUUUUUUUUCCAACCUACAGUGCUUUCUGGCAUUAGUUCCAGUGAUCUAGUCCAAGGUGGACUAAGUAACAGGAACUAGUCAAGUACUGGUACAUGUUUUGCCACAGUAGUUUUUAAGUAACAUUCGUAAUGGCCAUGUACAUGUAUAAUUAUCACCAGUAAUGACUUGUAAAACUCUAUAUCAAAUGUUUUGAUUUUACCACGUUUUACCAUAUAUUGUAUAUCACUGUAUAAAAUAUAAAGCAUUUGUGUGGGAUUUAUGACAGUUCAUACUAAACAGUGUCUUUAAAUACUCACUCUUGAAGACAGUUUGCUUGUAUGCUCGGCCACAUGCUUUUCCAUUUGGGCCGUAUGUUUGAUUAAUACAAUAGCAAUUUGCUGUAACAAAA